AUGCAUCUCCUUGGCCCCUGGCUCCUGCUCCUGGUUUCAGAAUGCUUGGCUUUCUCUGACUCUCACAAAUGGAGUUUUUAUCACCCCCACACCGUCUACGCCUGGGAGGGGGCCUGCGUCUGGAUCUCCUGCAAGUACACGACCCCGAAGUCCGAGGACCUGGAAAACGUCACCGUGUACCACAACGCCGAGUACAGCAGCGUCACCAAGAGCUACAGUGGGACCAUCCUCUACAGGACCACGAAGAUCGGAGAGCCUCCCUCCCAGCAGGAGAGGGUGCGAUUCCUGGGAGGCACAAAGAACAACUGCUCCCUGAGCAUCAGCCGGGCGCACGUCAACGACAGCGGGAGGCUAGGGCUGAGGAUGAUGUCGAAGACGGACAGAUGGAUGGAGGAAAUACACCUCAACGUCUCUGAAAGGCCUCUCGUACCUCGCAUCCGGCUCCCUCCAGAAAUUCGAGAGUCCCAGGAAGCCACUCUGACCUGCUGGCUGAAUUUCACCUGCUUUGGGUACCGGACCCAGUGGCAGUGGUCCCUGGAAGAAGAGCCUGCUGACCCCUCGACCUCCACCACCGCCACGACUGACUUAAUCCAGAGCGAGCUCAAGUUCCAGCCGCAGUGGCGUCACCACGGGAAGAACGUGACCUGCCAGCUCUGGAGUGACAGGGAACAGCGGGUGCUCUCCGAGGAGACGGUGCGGCUGGACGUGAAGCACCGCCCGAAGUUGCAGAUCACCGUCAGUCCCCGUGAGGCCACCGUCAAGGAGGGGGACUCCGUGAGCAUGACAUGCAAGGUCGUCAGCAGCAACCCAGAGCACCGGACCGUAUCCUGGCUCAAGGACGGGGCCCCGCUGAGCGUGCAGGAGACACCCACGCUGACUCUGCACCCCGUGGCCAGGAACAUGAGUGGGCAGUACAGCUGUCAAGCCUCCAACAACUUGGGCACAAGCGAGUCAGGCAAAGUGGCCCUCGAAGUACAGUAUGCUCCAGAACCUUCCACAGUUCAGAUCCUCCAGUUACCCGUUAUUGAGGGAAAAACAGUAGAGCUGAUGUGUACCUCACGGGCCAACCCUCCUCCGACCAACUACACCUGGUAUCAUGAUGGGAAGGACGUGCCGGGGAACACGGAGAAGACCCUGUGGAUCCCAGAAGUCCUCCUCUCGCACGCAGGGACUUACUCCUGCUUGGCGGAAAACGCCCUUGGCCUUGGGCAGAUCGGCCCAGGGGCUGAGCUGGAUGUCCAGUAUGCCCCCAAGAAUGUGACCGCGGUGAUUCAAAACCCCACACCGAUUCGAGAAGGAGACCGUGUGACCGUUUCCUGUAACUACAAUUCCAGUAACCCUAGAGUCACCCGGUACCAGUGGAGCCACCGGGGCUCCUGGGGCCAGCAGUCGCCUGGGCUGCUGGUGAUUCAGAAAGUCGCCUGGGAUGACAAGACCGUCACCUGCGCAGCCUGUAACAGCUGGUGCUCAUGGGCGCCCCCUGUCAACUUGAACGUCCACUAUGCCCCCAGAGACGUGAGGGUCCUGCAGACCAACCCCCGUCCCGAGAUUCACUCUGGACACCCGGUCGUUCUCCAAUGUGACUUCUCAAGCAGUCGCCCCGGAGAAGUCCGCUUCAUCUGGAAGAAAAACGGAAGCUUUCUGGGGGAAGGAAGAGAACUCAGCUUUAACUCCGUCUCCCCGGAAGAUGCUGGAAAUUACAGCUGCUCGGUCAGCAACUCCAUAGGACAGACGGCGUCUGAGGCCUGGGGGCUCCAAGUGCUGUAUGCACCCAGGAGGCUGCGGGUGUCCAUGGCCCCGGGAGACAGCGUGAUGGAGGGGGAGAAGGCAGCCCUGACGUGCGAGAGCGAUGCCAACCCUCCCGUCUCCCAGUACAGCUGGUUUGACUGGAACAACCAGAACCUUCGCCAUGCGGGCCGGACGCUGAGGUUGGACCCCGCAAAGGUCGAGCACUCGGGCGCCUACUGGUGCCGCGGCGCCAGCCGGCUGGGCGUGGGCGAGUCGCCCCCUAGCACGCUCACCGUCUACUAUAGCCCGGAGACCAUCGGCAGGCGGGCGGCCGUGGUCCUCGGGCUCUGCCUGGCUCUCCUCAUCCUGGUCAUCUUCGGGGUCAAGUUUUGGCGGAACUGGAAGAGGAGCCAGAGCCAGCAGGGGCUUCAGGAAAAUUCCAGUGGUCAGAGUUUCUUUGUGAGGAAUAAAAAGAUGAGAAGGACCCCCCUCUCUGAAGGCUCCCACGCCAUGGGGUGCUGCAACCCGGUAAUGGAAGACGGCAUCAGCUACGCCGCCUUGCGCUUCCCCGAGACCGACACACCAGGAACCGGAGAUGCGGGGAGCUCAGGGAUGCAGGGGCUUCGCCAAGACGGCAGCGACGCGGUCACUUACUCGGUGGUGCAGAAGCGCCGCGUGGGCGACUAUGAGAACGUGGCUCCAAAUUCUCCAGAAGACGAGGGGAUUCACUAUUCAGAGCUGAUUCAGUUUGGGGCCGGGGAGCGGCCUCGGGUGCGGGAGGAUGUGGAGUACGUGACCCUCAAGCACUGA